UUGCAGCUUUCCUUCAUUUUUCUCAGUUAAUUAUGCUUUUUUGGCCUUUGUCAUCUUACAUUACACUAUACACAAUUUUUGGCUCUGUCAUAGCAUGUCUGAUUGUUUCAGUAGCCUGUGUGCAUUCUUGUGAUCUCUGUGUGUGUGUGUGUUUGCAGCAUGUAUUCAUUCCUGUUUGUCUACCUGCAUUCUUAUAAAUGUUUACUGAAGAGAAAGUUGCCUGCAUGCAAAUGCUGAUUUUACUCCAAAGCAUGCAUUCAACCUGUUGGCCAUACUUAUUUUUCACUUCCCUUUAAUGUCUUACUGUUAGGGAGAAAAUCGUGUGGGUAGUAACUGGUUGUAUGUAGAUUUUCUGUGGUUUGCCUUUAUGCUCCUACAGUAGUUAAUAAGAGACUUCUGCUUUGAAAAGAUAGCUACAGGUCCUGUCUAUCUGCGUACCUGUGAAGGUUUCUCAUGCCACAGCAGACAGAAUGGAUGAAGACUGAAAAUACUUUGCUGCAGCAAAGGGUUAGGGUUAGAGAUUUAUGCCAAAAGUGAAAUAUCUAGGUCGGUUAUCCUUGGCAAGGGCCAGAGCAUCUUAUUUUUUUAAUAACUUAAUAGUCUUGAAUGGUAAAUAUUAACAAACUGGAUAAUAAGUAUAAUGUCCAGUUAUUGUCUUUUUCUGGCAGGCCAAUGUUGUUAUUAAGGGGUGAAGGGAAGUGAUUAGUCUUAAAUUAUUCAAGAAUGUUUUGCACUGGGAUAGCUACUUCUGUUGCAGUGAAUAUUUACUCUUUUAAGAAGCGACAUUUUCUAAACUGAUGAAAGGCACUUCUUGAUGAUGGUGUACUCAAUAUUUCAAUGCCUGAGAAAUAGUGUGAGGUAAAGGUCUCUUUGAUAGUGACCUUAGGCAGCAAACUGUAACUGGUUCAACAUGUCUAGAGCAUAGCAUGCAGAAACUAAAGCCCAUUGUCUAUUUCUACCACCUUUAGCUUAAUUGUGAAAUGCUCAUAAUAUGGGCAUAAUAUAUUGGUAAGUCAGGUAGCCACUGCUACUUGAUGGACAGGUCUCAAACUUGCAACCUUCUGCUUAAAGGGCAUUGGUUCUUUUUUCUGGUGAAAUUAAUGUUUAUGUAAAGGUGAUAUAUCAUUUUAUUUAGGAAAAUAUUGGCUGUCACCAUCUAGUUGCAUGGCUUAUCCAGGGCUGAUAAUGAAGUGAGUGCAGCAUGCUUUUAAUUCCUUUUGCCAUGGAGAUGAGAACCACUCUCUGCACCAUUCCCAAAGAAGAAUUACACUGGACAGCAAAGUCAUACUCUUCCAUAUCAAGAGCAUUUGUCCUGCUUCACCUCAGUCCAACAAAACUUGCUUCGUGAAUGUGCCUGCCAGUUCAUUUUUUCCUGUCCCUUUGUUUUUCUUUUCUCUUUACUUUUUAUUAACAUCGUUUGAGCAAAAGUGCUCUUUAAACUUAUUUGACCUUUGCAUUAAGGCUGAGAACUGAAUCUUAAAACUGUUGAAAGGUUACUGAUAUUCUGACUCCUGGUUGAUUUUUAUACAAAGAAGUUCCUCACUGUCAGAGAGUACCUGGCUGUGUAACCACUUUCUUACGUUCUUAUAUCCUAAUGCGUGAAUGAAGUUAGAAAUUUCCAUACUGACUGUUUUCAGAUUCUCCAAACCCCCUUCUGUUCAGCCCAAGAAAGAAAAACCCAUGAAAAUUUUAUUAUCAUGUACCUUUUAUAUGUCUUUCUAAAUAACUGGUGACUAUUAUACCAUUGUCUGCUAACCAGUUUUAAUUUCAUUUCUUAUUUGUGUGUAUUGUCUAUGCUUUUUUUGUUUAGAAACCCAUUCCUUGUCUAAAUAGUUUCUAGAACUGUUAAAAAAAACAUGCACCAGAUGUCACCAAUCAUCUCAUUGCUUCUGUGACUUUCACUGCCUGCAACUAGCAGAACUUGUACUUCCACAACUAGUAGUACUUGUACUCUCACAGCUAAUGAUACUUGUGCUCCCAGUAGCAGACAUUUUUCCCACUCUCAGAAUUGCCCAAAAUGGACUAUUGGAGCAGAGCAGUCACAUCUGCUUUGUGUAUCCAGGAUAACACAUUUGAACAGUAUCCUCUUUGUGUUCAAUGCAUAGUAAGCAUCACUCUACAGAAAGUUCAUCAAAUCAUUGUUUGUGUGCCCUAACUCAUGUGGCAUUCACUGAAACAGUGUUUGUGUGCUCGUGUGGCAUUCACUGAAACAGUGUUUGUGUGCCCUAACUCGUGUGGAAUUUACUGAAAAAGUGUUUAUGCCCUCUAACCCAUGUGGCCUUCACUGAUAGUGUUCAGUCUCAUUGUCACUCUGCAGUGAGUGAAGCAAUUCUUUCUCCUUCCGUGUUGCUCAUAUCUCUGUACUUAUCUGGUAUACAAGUUUUAUCUAGGCUAUUUACCAUGUGAUAAUGUUGAGUUAUUAUCUUUCCUUGUAGAUAUUUUUUCCUUCCUGCUUCAUCAGUGCAUGCACUGAUUAUCAUACACAUACAAAAACACAUGUACAGACAUCCAUACAUGAGAUAACACACACACACAGAGCUUUUUAAAAAUAUUUUUAAGAUUGAACUUGGCCAAGAAGUCAGUUAAGCAAAGAGUUUUCUUUUUUUGCUUCCUUUCUGUCCACUCUGUCUUGUACUGGCUGCUUCAUGCAUAUUUGUUUCUUUGUGCAUGGAGAUAUAUUUUAGAACUUUACUCGACAGAUGCUCCUUAAGCCUCCGUUGUAGAAGAAAUUCUGAGGUUCCAAUGUGAGGCAAACAGGAAAUCGAAGUGCUGCUGGGGGCACAAAGAUGCAAAUGUCAGUAUUCUUCCAUCGGGGCAUUUCACGUCUUCGUGCUGAGGAGUUAUUGCAGCUUGCAGGAGAAGAUGGCAGCUUUCUUGUUCGCGAUAGUGAGACCGUCUCAAAUGCAUAUGUACUGUGUGUUCUGUUCCAGCUCCAAGUGCACCAAUAUCGUAUCUUACCUGACAAAGAUGGCCGACUCUCUGUGCAGUCGGAGGGUGAUAUGCAGCCCCUGUCCUUCACUGACCUGCCAAGUCUUGUCAAUGUUUAUGUCAGUAAAGGAGAGAAGAAUGGACUGGUUUGUGCACUGCGUCGUCCAAUCCCACCAGAACGUCCAGAGUCCCAAGAGGCAGAUUCUGAAGAAGAAGAUGGUGAUGAUGGGGCUAAAGAAGAAGGAGCUGGGGAUGAGAGAUCUGUCACUAAAAACAUGAAGUUUGGAUUGCUGAAUAACUUUGCCCGUCUGGACUUGUCUGCGUGUGACGGGGAGUUUAUAGAAAGCCUGAAGACAUACAUUGACAGUGGCUUAGAACAGGACGCAGCAAGCACUCGCUCAGGCAGCAGCGCCAUGCUCAAGUUACAGGAGCUACUGCAGACAGCUGGUCGUGGACUUCAGAGGGAGGUGGAUGUGUUUUUGAUGAAGCUUUCUAUGAUACGCGAUGUGCUGGCUCAAGAUGAUGAUGACCGUAAGCGUCCACCAGUCCCCAAUAUCAAUGCAACAGGCAUGAAUUAUAUUCAAUUUCUAGCAGCACAGCUUGAGCAGAGCAAGACACAGCUGUUGGAUACACUCACCAGAACUGAAGAGAUGCUGAGUGAUGCCAGUGGAAAUGAAUAUGACUAUCCAGAUGUGGCCGAAGUGACAUCACAGGCCAAGUCCUCUUUCCUCUUACCUCACAACCAGGCUCCUAGUGUCAGGAUCCCCCUCUCCACCUUUGAGGUCAAAUUAAUAAAAGGAGGCAAGAUGACAGGACCAAGUAAGGUCAACCUCAAUGUGGAUAUGCGCCAAGGUCGACUGUUUGCAGUCAAGCCCUCCAAGGACUUUCUUGACUCCAGCAAUAUCUUCACACAUGACAAAAUCUUACAGCUGGUGAAGCAUACGCAGGAAAACAGUCGACUGGACGUUAUCAUGGAAGGGAAGAAAAAGUUGACAUACCAGUUUGAAAAUGCCCACGAGCGGGAAAAUUUCUGCCUGCAAGUGCGUCAGAUGAAAACACUCCACUCACAGGAAACUGAUGUUGAUAAUCUCUCUGUAUUUAUUGGCACUUGGAAUAUGGGAAAGUCGACUCCUAUUAACACCCUCAAGUUCUGGCUACGCUGCUGGGGGGAGGGGAAAAGCAAAGAUCGGACAUUGUCCCGGUUACCACAUGACGUAUAUGUAGUGGGAACUCAAGAGAGUUCUAUGGCAGACAAGGAUUGGGUAAAUCUCUUAAAAGCAACUCUGAAGGCAACAUUGAUGGUGGAUGUGGAUUUGCUGGAGACCUGUACGUUGUGGGGAUUGCGUCUGGUAGUUCUCAUACUGCCACGACACCGAAACAAAAUCAGUCAUGUACAGAAGUCCUCAGUGCGAACAGGAAUUGCUAAUGCCUUAGGUAACAAGGGGGCAGUGGCAAUAUCUUUUCUCUUCAACGGCACAUCUCUUUGCUUCAUCAAUUCUCAUCUAACUUCUGGAGAAGAACGAGAAGACAGACGUAACACCAACUUUAGAGACAUCUUGAAGGGCUUGUCACUAGGGCCUCGGAAUCUAGAUGGUUAUGAUGUCACCCAUAAGUUCCACCAUGUUUUUUUCUUUGGCGACCUCAACUAUAGAGUGGCUGAGCCCAUUGAGAGUGUGCUGUUGCGGACAGAACAGAGAGAUCUGCGAUUCCUGCUGGAUAAGGAUCAGCUGAAAAAAGCCCAGCUGCUGAAGAAGGCUUUCGUUGCCUUCAAUGAAACAGAAAUCUCUUUCAUGCCUACAUAUCGGCUGGAGCGACAGACUGCAGGCUACAAAUAUGACUGGCGAAAAGUGAAGAAAACUGGGGAACGAAUCAAUGUGCCAUCUUGGUGUGACAGAAUUUUGUGGCAUUCUUUUCCUGGCACCUUUAUAGAAAACUCUGCAUAUGGCUCUGUGGACAAUCUACUGAACAGUGAUCAUCGUCCAGUGUUUGGAUCAUUUGUCCUUGGCAUCACCUCACAGUUUGUUCAAAACCGCACUUCAUUACAGGAAGAUGCUAUCAUCACCCUCAUUUUUGACACAGUGGAGGCACAGAUCCGGACAUCCUGCCAACAGUCCUUUAUUCUAGAAUUCUCUUCUUCAUGUCUACCUGAUAUUAUCUGCUGUCAGCCCAACAAGAUCUUCGGCUCUUGGCAGGACCCUGGUAUGAGCUGCAACCCCCUGUGGGAAUACGAGGAACUGCCAGAGCUGCGGCCGCUGUUUGGUGACCAGGAAUACUUGGAGGACCAGCACCUGCUGCUUGCAGUCAAGGGGGCGGAUGAUGACCAUGAGUCCUUUGGAGAGUGCAUCCUGAGCCUGAAAGGGAUGUUUGACAGCCUGGAAGUCCAAAGUUUUGAAUAUAUCUUGACCCACAAUGGAGAGGAGACUGGAAAAAUAAGGGGGACAUGGUAUGUGCGAUGCAGUGACAGGAGUCGGCUAUCCAGAUCACGCAAAACAUAUGAAAUCAUCGCCCUGGACACAGAAUACCAUGAUCCUGAAGAAAUUCAUGCCUGUGCUCCUCGACCAGAGGGUCACAGUAAACUCCACCACACAUCCUCCUCAUCCCAGAUGUCCACAACCACAGUAGAUGGCCAGACACUUGUAUCACCUCCCCUACCAGCCCCACGACCACAGCCUCUCAACCAAGUCCCACCUGGCCAGCAGCAGCAACGUGGUGAAGUGGUCAAUGGCCGUGGCUCCACUGCCUCCUCCCCACCACCCAUACCCAACAAACGUGUGCGUCCCAUUCUGAUGGGCCAAUCCAGUCUUCAGAGCACACAGCGACAGGUGACUCCAGUCACUGCACCAGCACGAGUGAUUUCCACACCAUCAGCUCCACCAGUUGACACAAUUCCCCCUUUACCAGCACCUUCUCAGCUCCCUUCUCUGCCUACAUUGCCAGUCGUGUCACCAGGAACCUCUCUUGAUGCACCCCCACCAAUCUCACGCAAACUUAAACCUGCUUCCCCUGGUGCAGUUCCUAUCAAAGGUGAUGUACCAUGUAAGCUGUAUGACGACCUAGCUCGACCCAAGACCAUACAAGAGUGGCUUGCAACCCUUGGACUGACAGAGUAUCUGUCUUUGUUUCUGCGGAAUGGCUGUGACACAAUUGGUUCUGUUGCAAAUCUAACUGCUGCUCAGGUCAUGAAAAUGGGAAUAAAGCAUCCAGAACACCGCACACGUAUUCUUCAGAGUGUGCAUGAACUCUUACGCUAUACCGACUAUACUAACCAGUGAUCUUACAAAUUUAGAACAUGCCAUAAGUGUUCUCCAGAGUUGCUUAUUUAUGCUAGUGGACAAGCAAGAUGAUUGUCACGCAGACUAUCGUACAUGCAUUCUACAGGAAGAGUGUCAAUGAUGGACAGAUUUCCACAGAAAAAUUAAUUUAGAGAAGCAAACAUAAUUAUCAGGUAUAAUUUUUAUUGUGCUUUUUUUAUGCAUCCUUUAUACUGUUGUCAUUGUACCAAUUUUAAAGAAAAGUUUACUUCCCUUUUGUACAUUCCAUUCCUACUUAUUUUACCUUUUAAGAUGUGUCACAAUAAUAUACAUUUAUAAAAAUGAGAUCCUAAUCCCAGUCUCUGUCAGAUUUCUUGAGUUUAACAUAAAUGCCUUUUUAUAAUUCCAUUUUCAGCUGCCAAAGCAACCUAAAAUCCUCGGAUGAUUCAUGUGGUUUGACUUUCUUUUUUGUCCUAAGUCAAGCAUUUUCAGUUUUUGAGGUUUGUCAUUAGAUGAGCAGCUAUAACCAAAAGAUGUUUUUUGAGAAAAAAAUGUAAAAGAUUCAGGGGAGUGUACUUGUCACAAGAUCUGAUUAGUUCCUAUAAUAUUGUGUAUGAUGUCAUUUUACAUAUCUACUGCUGUCUUCAGCUUCGUUUUGGUAUGAUAUUUUUCUAACCCAAAAAAAAGCAUGAGGUAGGUCUAUGGUGUUCCAUUUCAUGCCCAAGAAAAAGAGUAAGAGAAACUGUUCUUUACUAAGGGUUUGAUGCAUAUUCUUUCCCAGGAUCUCCAAUCUUCACAAACCACAAAAUCUUUUGCAUAGUUGAAGUGUGCUUAUGGGGUUUAGAAAGAAGCUGGAUACAAGGCUAUAAGGAAGAAUGUGAAUGUAUACAUUGAGUGUGUAAGGAAACCCGAUGCAUCCACAUAAAUGGAUUUGUGAUGUGUUCACACAAAAAUGAUGAAACAGGCCUUUAGUACAGUUUUAAUAGAGGCCACCUGAAUUUACAUGAAACUAUUCAUGCUGUUUUGAUGAUAAGCCAACAACUAUGUUAGAUGUAUGAAACAAUGGUAAUGCAUUUUUGUUUUAUUUUCUUUUUUGUGUAAUGGUGAUGAUGAAAAUAUUUGCUGAUACCUUCAAUAUUUUUCUCAUUUCCUUGCAUUUUUUUUUUAAUGCAAAUCAAACCACUUCAAUAAUGGCACAAUACUUUACAAAGAUGACAUUGAUAUUGAUGUUUUUCUUUUAUCAUGACAAAAAAGUAUUUAAUUUUCACAGAACCACUUCAAUACUUUAUGAAACAGACAGUGGACUUAAAGAUUUAUAAAUGAGAGGAGGUGAUGUAAAUGGAAUGUGAUUUAUAUAAUGUCAGUGUCUUCCUCUUGGUCAACUGUUCCCAAUAUUAAAAAUCUGGCAAAUAAUGGUAAUAGCUGUCACUUUCAGUUCCAUGCAUUCCAUUGGCUGUUCUUCUGUGACAGUUGCAUAAUAUAUUUUCAAGUCUUUGAAUUAUUUUUGACCUUGUUUAAAUUGUAUGAUCUUUUUACUUUUAUACAGACUGACUGUAAUAAUGUCUUACACAUUUGUCACAUUUAAAUUCUUAAACUCAUUGCUUCAUUCAACGGAUAGUAACCAUAGAACAUGUUUUGGUUAAGACUGGUGUUGAUAUAGCGUGGACAGGCAUAUUAUCAGCUGAAAAGAUGAUUAAGCAACUAGAGGGACAUUUAUGAACAAAUGAGUUUACAUAUACUCAAGCUGUGGCAUCUCCUUUUUCUUUAUUUAGACCUUUCCUCCUCCACCCUACACACCCCUUCAAGCCCUGACUUUAUUGCAUGUUUCAGCAUGUGGCAUGACAGGUGACUGAUACGAGUCUGCUGUUAUUGGUUUUCACUUUGGUGAACCAUUUACUCAAGUUGGAAUGUGCAAAGGUCUGCCAGUGAACCGUUAACUCAUUUUGGCAUGUGGAACUCUGCCAGUGAGCUCUAAACUCCAUUUGGCAUGUGUUUGCUAGUAAAUUCUGGUCUUUUCUUUGAUUCCAGGCUUGUAUAAACCCAUCCUGCCCAGAAGUCCUCUGACCAAUCAUGUAAAUAAUUGAUAAUUUCCAUGUGCAUAUGUGCAAGUUCAGAACACAGAAAAAAACUUUGGGCAAGACUGUUGAAUAUGAGAAACAUCAGUGGUGUUCAAGACGUAAGGCAUAUGCAUUUCAAAUGUCACAGGGUUUCCAGAUCCAGUCUUUUGACCUGGAGAUAUUAGGCAGCUUUGGCAAGCAGCACAUACUAAAAUGAUUUGUUAGAACAUAAACUUUGGAUCAUUAUAUCCCAUCUCAUCAUAGUACAUUUGUCAUAGUCAAAGAUGUAUAUAUGAUAUUUAAGUUGCACAUCUCAUACGGUUGUGCUCACGGCUGUAGAAAAUGUACAUACUUGGAAUUGUGUAGCUUCUCAUUUCCCAGCCAUAUCUCAGCUUUAAGCAUACAUAAAGCAUUGGACUUAUUUAUUUGCCAAGUUGUAUACAUACUUGGGUAUCUCGAUUUGUUUUUCUCAAUGAAUGCAUGACAGUAUUCUUUUUACAUAUGGUUGUACCAUUUAUUUAUCCUGGCAAAAUUUUGUCCACUUUGCCUUUUGGACAUGUCUUCUGUAUCUGUUAGUAAAGAGUGUUUCAUCCUUA